AUGACAACAAUAGAGAGACUCGGUAUUCAAGGCGUUCGAAGCUUCGGCCCCGAAUGCAUGCAAACAAUUUCCUUUGGAACCCCUCUCACCGUUAUUGUUGGUCACAAUGGGGCUGGGAAGACAACGCUAGUGGAGUGCUUAAAGUAUGCAUUAACAGGAGAGCUGCCUCCCACUGCAGACCGAGGCAAAGGCUGGCUGUUCGAUCCGCGUCUAACAGACACCCCGGAAGUAAAGGCUCAGAUUCGGGUGUCUCUGCACCAGCAGCAGCAAAAUAAAAGAAUUCUCGUUGUUCGGUCUAUGCAGUUAUCGCAUUCUCUUGAUAAACAAAGAAGGGUUAAACCUCAGUUCAAAGCGUUGGAGUCUGUUGUUCAAAUAAAAAGCGAUGACGGCCAAACUGCAGCCAUCAGCAAUAAAUGCGCUGACAUUGAUAAACAAUUAGCAGCUCUUCUCGACACCCCAAAGGCUGUGCUAGAGCACGUUAUAUUCUGUCAUCAAGAAGACAGCUGCUGGCCUCUAGGCGAUAUGGCUUCGCUUAAAAAGAAAUUUGACUCUUUAUUUGAUGCUACGAGAUAUGUUAAGGCGCUGCAUGCAAUUCGCGCUGCAAAAAAGGAGCAUGCAAUGGAGUUAAAAGACAGAGAAAAUGAAUUGAGGCUGCUGGAUGUACACCGCGGAGCAGCAAAGACACUCCGCUGCCAGCUGCAGCAGCAGCAGCAAGCCAUAGACGCAGCAACGCAAGAAAUACAGCAACAGCAGCAAGAAGUGCAGCACCUCGAAAAGGCUGCAGCAGCAGCAGCAGAUCUUUUGCGCCAAGUUCAGCAGCAGCUGCAGCAGUUGCAGGUAGCUGAGGAGUUGCAACAGAUGCAGCAGCAGCAGCUGCAGCAGCUGCAGCAGCAGCAACAGCAGCAGCAGCUGGAAGAUGAUGAUGGCCCCAUUGUAUUUGAGGAGUCUCUUGAGGAGCUCGAAGAGCUUUUCGUGAAGAUUACGCAGGAAUACAAGGCAAAGAGCGAACGGCGACAAGCAGUGUGCGAUAGAGUUAGCCUGCUGCAGCAGCAGCAGCAGCAGCUGCAGCAGCAACUGCAGCAGGAAAUGGGGAAGGCCUCCGAAGGGCUGAGGGCAGAGGAGCGAAGAGACGCAGCAAAACAGCAGCAGCAGCAGCUUCUCGAGAAGCUGGCAGCAAUGCUUCCAUACGUGCAGCAGCAGCAGCAGACACCUGAGAUGGCCGUGAAUUUGUGUCGCUCGGAGGCGGAGAAGUUGCGUCGGCAGCUGCAAGCAGCAGCACGAGAGCAGCAACAGCAGCAGCAGCAACAGCAGCAGAUGCUGCAGCAGCUGCAGCAGAAGGAGCAGCAGCAGCAGGCUGCAGAAAGCGCCUCCAUAUCUCAUAUUAGCUGCCUUCGGCAGCAGCUGCAGCAGCUGCAGCAGAAGCUACAGCAAAAACCAUCUAAGCAGCAAUGUCAAGACUCUAUUGCUGCAGCAGAGCAGCAGCUGCAGCAGCUGCAGCAAGAAGCAACAGCAGACAGAGAAGGGCAGCUUAAGAUCCUUGAGGCGCAAGUUGUGGCUUGUGGAGAGACUCUGCAGCAGCUGCAGCAGCAGCGGCAGCAGCUGCAAGCAGUGCAGCAAUCGCUGCAGCAGCAUGAGGCCCUUGGGGUGUCUUUACAGGUGGCGCAGCAGCGGCAGCAGGAGAAGCAGCAGCUGCUGCAGCAGAAGCAGCAGCAGCUUUCUCGCUGUGCUGCUUUGCUUCAAGAUGCCUCCUUUGCUUCCCUUCCUUCUGACCCUGAACAAGCUGAGGCGCAGCUACGUGCUGCAGCAGCUACUGCUGCAGCAGAGCAGCAGCAGCGACAGCAGCAGAAGCAAGCAGCAGAUGCAGCGGUAGAGAGCAAUGCAGCAGAGCAUCGCUUGCUGCAGCAGCAAAUCACAGCAGCAGCAGCAACAUGCAUGCGGCUUGCCGAACAAAUUGAUGCAGCUAAACCCCUUCUUUCCACCAUCAACACUAGCAGCAGCAGCAGCAGCAGCAGCAGCAGCAGCAGCAGCAGCAGCAGCAGCAUGGAAAGCUGGGAGAUGGUUGUGGGUUGGGGUUUGGGUUGUAUAGAGGCUGCUAUUGCUUGCGAGCUGCAGCAGCAGCAGCAGCAAGAGCAGCAGCUAAGGCAGCAAGCUGCUUCUGAGGGGGAUAUGAAGCUGCUCACCUGCUUAGCAGCAGAAGCAGCAGCAACAGGAGACUGCCCUCUCUGCAGCAGAACCUUAGAUGGCAGCAGCAGCCUCAAUCUGCUGCAGCAAAAUGUAAAGCGGCGUCUCGAGCAAAUGCCGCAGCAGCAGCAGCAGCUGCAGCAGCAGCUGCAGCAGCAACAAGCACUCCUCCAAAAAACUCAGCAGCAGCAGCAAAUUAUGCAGCAGCUAGCAGCAAAACAUAAAGAACUUGUUGCCGCUGCUGCAGAGCUUUCUGACAAGAAACAGGUACAAGAGCAGCUGCGCGCUGCUGCUGCUGCAGCAGCAGCAGCAGCAGAGGCAGCAGCACAAAGGACCCGGGAUCUUCAGGCGGCGCAUGCAGAGGCUGUUGAACUGAGUGCAGCUGCAGCAGCAGCAGCAGCAGCAGAACAGGAAGUUAAGGAGCUCGACAAUAAGCUGCGCACAGCAGCAGGGCUUCAUUCAGCAGGCAGCAGCAGCAGCAGCAGCAGCGAAGUGCAGCAGCAGCUGCAGCAACUGGAAGCCCAGAUUGCGAAAGCGUUUGCUGACAGAGAAGCAGCGCAGCAGCAGCAACAGCAGUUGCGGCAGCAACAACUAGGACAGCAGCAGCAGCUGCUACAGCUGAAGGCCCAUCUGGCGGAACAGCAGAGACUGCUGCAGCAGAUAAAUGAGGAGCAGCAUCAACAACAAGAGCAGCAGCAGCAGCUGCAAGCCACGAUCGCCGCAUCAAUGGAAGAGCAGCAGCAGCGAGUGAAGGAAGCAGAUUUAGCUGUUGCUGCUGCUGCUGCAUCUGCGAGUGGAGCGAGGCAGCAGCAGCUGCGGCAGCAGCAGCAGCAGGUGACUGCCGCACUGCAGCAGGAACAGCAGCAGCAAGAGCAUCUGAAUGCUGCAUUUGAAAAGGGGCAGCAGCUGCUGCAGCAGGUGCGAGACAGCAUAGAGAUGAAGCGGCAGCAGCAGCAGCUAGAGAAGCAGCAGCAAACAGUACGUGCUCUGCAAGAAGCCCUGCAGCAGCUGAUGCAGCAGGGGCUGGCCUCCCUGGGGCAGCAAAGCAGCCUUGCUGCAGCAGCAAUACAGCAGCAGCAGCAGCAGCAGCAGCAGGGCUUAACAGCAGCAGCAGUGGAGUAUGUUGUAGAGACCCUGAGGAGGGCUGCUGCUGAGCGGGGACAGCGUUUAGCAGAGCUGAGAGGUGCAGCAGCAGCAAAAGAAGAAAGGAAGCAGCAGCUGCAGCAGGAAAUCAACACCCCAACGUACAGACAAAUCGAUGAAAGAUAUGUGCAAGACUGCGAGGCUGAGCGUUUGGCGGUGGAGGACAUCGAAAAAUAUCACAAAGCCCUCGACAGAGCGCUGAUGAAUUAUCAUGCAGCCAAAACUCUUUACUCAGGCACUGACAUCGAUGCUAUUGCAAUUCGUUCAUCUGUAGCAGAAAACGAAGAAUGUGCUUCGCAAUUAGCGGUCUCAGCUGGCGAAAGGUCUUAUAAUUAUCGCGUAGUGAUGAAGACAGCGACAGGAAAAGAAUUAGAUAUGAGGGGACGAUGCUCUGCAGGACAGAAGGUGCUUGCUUCCCUCGCUAUUCGUCUCGCCUUGGCCGAAAUUUUUUCUGCCUCGAGUCAAAUUUUGGCUUUGGAUGAACCCACUACAAACCUCGACACAUACAACUGCGAAAGUUUAGCUGCAGCCUUGGCGCGUCUGGUGAAGUCUCGACAGGGCAGUCAUUCUUUUCAGCUUUUGUUGAUAACGCAUGACGAAUCUUUUGUUUAUAAAUUAGGAAGAGAAGGUCUUUGUGAUACAUAUUUAAAAGUUUGUAAAGAUAUCAACGGCCGCAGCAAACUCUCCUCCGCUGCCUUACAUGUCUAA